CCGAACGACGCCGGAAAUAGCAAAAAAAAAAAGAAAAGAAAAAGAAAAAGAAAACUCGCCGCCGCCGCCGCGGCCGCGCCCCCACCUCGAUCUCCCGCGUCGCCACCCCGAACGCCGCGCCGCCGAUGCUGCCGCCCCGCCUCCGCCGCCCUGCCGCCGGCGACCUCUGCUGACGAGCAUGGCCGCCGCGGCCCCCGCCGGCGCCCAGAACCGCUGCGUCUUCGUCGGGAACAUUCCUUACGAUGCGACGGAGGAGCAGCUCGUGCAGAUUUGCGAGGAAGUCGGCCCUGUGGUCUCAUUCAGAUUGGUUAUUGAUAAAGAAACAGGGAAGCCAAAGGGUUAUGGGUUUUGUGAGUACAAGGAUGAGGAGACUGCUCUAAGUGCACGCCGGAACCUUCAAGGUUAUGAAAUUAAUGGCCGUCAGUUACGUGUUGAUUUUGCUGAAAAUGGGAGGAAUGCUGACAGAAACAGAGAAAAGGGUCGUGGAGGACCUGGAAUGGCAUCCAGUGUUGAUACUCAGAAACAAUUAGCUGGGACUCCGGUUGUAGGCGAUACAGGUCUUCAUCAGCCAGUUGGUCUUCCAUCGGCUAUUCAUGCUGCAUCUGUGAUGGCUGGUAUUCUUGGAGGAUCUCAAACUGCAAAUGUUCAAAAUGGUUUACCUGUCCAGUAUGGGCUUGGAAAUGACCCUCUUACUCAUUAUUUGGCCAGAAUGUCAAAGCACCAGUUGUAUGAAAUCAUGUCUGAGUUGAAGUCCCUAACUAGUCAAAAUAAGGAUGUUGCCAACAAACUGCUGCAAGGAAUUCCACAGCUGUCAAAGGCCCUAUUUCAGUCACAAAUAAUGCUUGGAAUGGUGACGCCCCAGAUGAUGCAGAUGGCAAAGAGCCAACAGCCCUCUAGCUCCUUGGCACAAUCAUCAUCUCACAUAAGCGAACCAUUUCCACAGCCAGAUGCUAUGAUAUCAAGUGUUCCAAGACCUUCUGCAAGCUUGCCAAACCCAAAUGUCCUGCAGGACCCUUCUGCACAGCUGCAUAAUUUUCCUCAGUAUCCGCAUUCAUCUCAGCCUGCGGGCACAAUAUUUCCACAUGGAAGUCAGUCUGGGGUGGGCAUACAUCCUCCAAUUGUAUCUCAACUCCUUGGUGCCUCUUCCAGUGUUCCUCCUCUACCCCUUGCUACCUCAGGAAGCCUGAUAUCGCAGGUUCAGCCCCCAUUUAUGCCACAUCACCCUAGGCCACCAGCUAUGCCAGCGGGUAUGCAACAACUACCAUUGACUCAUCCACAUGUUCCCCAGGUACCUGCUAUACCUGAUAUAGCACAGAAGGAAAUGAGGUUUCCUGAGCAAGCAAAUCGUUCGACGGAGUUUGCUCAUCAUCCAAAGUUGCGAAAAUUGGAGGAUGGAACAUCCACACCUGGAAUUGUAAACAACAAUCCAGCUGUUUAUCCUGCUCCAUCCCAAGGAAUGCUCCCUGGUGGACCAUCAGGGAGCUAUAAUUCUGCUGCUGUUAGCUUCCAGCAGCCAGAGAACGAAGUGCCUCAGCUCACACCCGAUGUUGAGUCGGCUCUUCUGCAGCAAGUCCUACAACUGACACCUGAGCAGCUUAGUUCGUUGCCAGUAGAGCAACAACAGCAGGUGAUUCAGCUUCAAAAGAUGCUAUCGGCUGGUAAAUAACCCCCAUCUGAAUCAGCAUACCAAAUUGUUGAUCAAGCUAUACAGAGUUGUGGAAAAAAUGGUACAUUUGUGAAGAAGAAACUGGGCGCAUAUGUCAACGGUUGAUUUUGCCAAGCCACACCACCACACUUGUAACUUUGAAAAUUGUUGGCAUUUCUGGGCCAUUAGUUUUGCUCAGGAGCAUUCUUUGGAGAUAAAAUGUGAUGGGAAAAGGCCUCUUAUUGUCCAUCACUUAUGUAUCAUUAUAGAAAAAAAGAAUAAUCUGUAUCCAUUUUUCUCAUGUAAUCUGUAGUGCAAGAACAAUUUUGUCUUUAGAACUCUCUUAAAAGUAGUCCAGAGCUGUUUAGUUUGCUGUGUAAUCUCCCAGCAUCUUACUUUCUCUGUAGCUGUUUCUUCUCUCCCGGACUACAUGUUUUGAAGUUAGUUGCUCAGAUAUUCGAUUAUUGCUGCUGCUUGAUUCAGUUAC